CCCUUCCUUAGUCAGUCUUUCGCAUCUCAAGUGCUGGAUGUUUUUGUCCUCUCCUGCGUGCGGUAGCAGUUUCCUUGCGGAAGUAGUAGCCGUGAGGGAAGAAGAUGGCGGCCACUGUGGCCGGUCGGGUAAACAAGCGUGGUGGUGGAGGGCCGGGAGGCGGCGGCGGCGGCGGUGGAGGACCCAGAGGGACCGAGGAGGAACCGCCGCCACCCCUACAAGCAGUUCUGGUGGCCGAUAGCUUCAACCGCCGCUUCUUUCCCAUUUCCAAGGACCAGCCUCGGGUCCUCUUACCCCUGGCCAACGUGGCACUAAUUGACUAUACUCUGGAAUUCCUGACUGCCACAGGGGUGCAGGAAACCUUUGUCUUUUGUUGCUGGAAGGCUGCUCAGAUCAAGGAACAUUUGCUGAAAUCCAAGUGGUGCCGCCCCACAUCCCUCAAUGUGGUCCGGAUAAUUACGUCAGACCUGUAUCGAUCACUUGGAGAUGUGCUCCGGGAUGUGGAUGCCAAGGCCUUGGUGCGCUCAGACUUCCUUCUGGUAUCUGGGGAUGUCGUCUCAAACAUCAGUAUCACUAAAGCCCUGGAGGAACACAGGUUGAGGCGGAAGCUAGAAAAAAAUGUGUCUGUGAUGACAAUGAUCUUCAAGGAGUCAUCCCCCAGCCAUCCGACUCGUCGCCAUGAGGACAACGUGGUAGUGGCUGUGGAUAGUGCCACAAACAGGGUUCUGCAUUUCCAGAAGACCCGAGGCCUCCGGCGUUUUUCCUUUCCCCUGGGCUUGUUCCAGGGCAGUGGCGACGGGGUGGAGAUUCGCUAUGACUUACUGGAUUGUCACAUCAGCAUCUGCUCUCCGCAGGUGGCUCAACUCUUUACAGAUAAUUUUGACUACCAAACUCGAGAUGACUUUGUGCGAGGCCUGUUAGUGAAUGAGGAGAUCCUGGGGAACCAGAUCCAUAUGCACGUCACAACUAGGGAAUAUGGUGCCCGCGUCUCCAACCUGCACAUGUAUACGGCUGUCUGCGCUGAUGUCAUCCGCCGGUGGGUCUACCCCCUCACCCCAGAGGUGAACUUCACCGACAGCACCAUCCAGAGCUGCACUCACUCCCGGCACAACAUCUACCGAGGCUCCGAGGUCAGCCUGGGCCACGGCAGCAUCCUGGAGGAGAACGUGCUCCUGGGCUCUGGCACAGUCAUUGGCAGCAACUGCUCCAUCACCAAUAGCGUCAUUGGCCCCGGCUGCCACAUUGGUGAUAACGUGGUGCUGAACCAGGCCCACCUGUGGCGGGGUGUCCGGGUGGCUGCUGGAGCACAAGUCUGUCAGUCAGUGCUCUGUGACAAUGCCGAGGUCAAGGAGCGAGCCACGCUGAAGCCACGCUGUGUCCUCACUUCCCAGGUGGUAGUGGGCCCAGACAUCACGCUGCCUGAGGGCUCGGUGAUCUCUCUGCACCCUCCGGACGCAGAGGAAGAUGAGGACGACAGCCAGUUCAGUGACGACUCAGGGGCCGGCCGAGAAGAAGAGAAAGCGAAGCUGAAAGGCUACAAUCCAGCAGAAGUCGGAGUUGCAGGGCAGGGCUACCUCUGGAAAGCUGCAGAUGUGAAUGCGGAGGAAGAGGAGGAGCUACGGCAAAGUCUGUGGGGACUUGAAGUCAGCUUGGGAGAAGAGAGCGAAACUGAAAGUGAGCAAAGUAUGGAUUCUGAGGAGCUGGACAGCCGGGCAGGCUCCCCACCGAUGGAUGAUAUCAAAGUGUUCCAGAAUGAAGUCUUGGGAACAUUACAGCGGGGCAAAGAGGAGAACAUUUCCUGUGACAAUCUAGUCCUGGAAAUCAACUCUCUCAAGUACGCCUACAACGUAAGCCUAAAGGAGGUGAUGCAGGUGCUGAGCCACGUGGUCCUGGAGUUCCCCCUGCAGCAGAUGGACUCCCCACUUGACCCAAACCGCUACUGUGCCCUGCUGCUUCCCCUGCUCAAGGCCUGGAGCCCUGUGUUCAGGAACUACAUAAAGCGUGCGGCCGACCAUUUGGAAGCCCUGGCGGCCAUCGAGGACUUCUUCCUGGGGCACGAAAGUCUUGGUCCUUCCACGGCCAAGGUGCUGAUGGCUUUCUACCAGCUGGAGAUCCUGGCUGAGGAAACAAUCCUGAGCUGGUUCAGCCAAAGGGACAUGACUGAUAAGGGCCGGCAGUUGCGCAAGAAUCAACAGCUGCAGAGUUUCAUCCAGUGGCUCAAAGAGGCAGAAGAGGAAUCUUCUGAAGAUGACUGAAGUCACAGUGGCACCCCUGGGCCAGUGCGGGGAGGGACUCGGUGCAGAAGGAGGUGACCGCCAUCCAGGCUGAGACUGAAAGGAGCAGAGGCUGGAGCCACAGGAGUCUCCCCACUGCCAGCAGCCGCGUGCCUCCCAUCCUGGCUGGGGAAUCGGGAUGAGGGAAGGUGGCUGGAAGAAACCCUCCACCGGGGGAGGAGCUGGACAAGCGCUGCAGUGGGAGGAAGGCCAGAGGACAGCCUCGAGCCCUCCUUGCCACUUGUGUUUGUUAAUAAUUAAAGGAGCGACAGAGGUGUACUCCGUUUCUUUCCAGGUCUGACUGACCAGCCGCUGAAUUAUUUGACCAGAGUUCGGAGCCCCUGACAGGGCAGCCUCUUCUAA